UUGCGAUACAAUCAUCAGUCAUCACACACACAAACACAACACAAAGCAAGAGUGAUCUGAUCGACAUGGCAGCCACCACCAUGGCCCUCUCCUCCCGCGCCCUCGCUGGCAAGCCGGCAGCUAGCACCAGGGAUGUGUUCGGCAAGGGCCGCAUCACGAUGCGCAAGACCGGAGUCAAGCCAAAGGUGGCGGCAUCCGGCAGCUCGUGGUACGGCCCCGACCGCGUUCUGUACCUGGGCCCGCUGUCCGGCGAACCCCCGAGCUACCUGACCGGCGAGUUCCCCGGCGACUAUGGCUGGGACACUGCGGGCCUCUCCGCCGACCCAGAGACAUUCGCCAAGAACCGCGAGCUGGAGGUGAUCCACUGUCGCUGGGCGAUGCUUGGCGCGCUCGGCUGCGUGUUCCCGGAGCUCCUCGCCCGCAACGGCAUCAAGUUCGGUGAGGCCGUGUGGUUCAAGGCCGGGUCCCAGAUCUUCAGUGAGGGUGGGCUGGACUACCUUGGCAACCCGAGUCUGAUCCAUGCGCAGAGCAUUUUGGCCAUCUGGGCGUGCCAGGUGGUGCUCAUGGGCGCCGUCGAGGGGUACCGCAUCGCCGGUGGGCCGCUCGGGGAGGUGGUCGACCCGUUGUACCCCGGUGGUAGCUUCGACCCGCUGGGGCUCGCUGACGACCCGGAUGCAUUUGCGGAGCUCAAGGUGAAGGAGAUCAAGAACGGGCGCCUCGCCAUGUUCUCCAUGUUCGGCUUCUUCGUGCAGGCCAUCGUCACCGGCAAGGGGCCCCUUCAGAACCUCGCUGACCAUCUCGCCGACCCCAUCAACAACAACGCCUGGGCGUAUGCCACCAACUUCGUCCCCGGCAAAUGAGAGGCGGCAGUGUGCCUCGUGUUCUGUUCAUGUAUGCCUGCCGUGGCGCGCGUGCGUUACUAGGUGAAGCGAGUGGGAGGUCGCGUGUACCGUAAACGUACGUAUUGGUAUGUACUGCAGGUUGAACAAGUACUUUUGAAGCGAGCGUGGGGAUCGCAGGUUGUACCAUGUACCACUAGUGUAUUUGUACGCAUGUUCUGGAACCUGAUCAAUGAAAUAUGCAUGGUGUUAUGAAUUGUAACUA